UUACAGCGCAUGCUUGCCUGAAAGUCACGUUUCCGGGUUAAGGUUGUCGCUUUCCUAGGUACAUGUUUGUCACCUGAUAGGGACCUAUAUCAUAAAACAUCAUAGUAUAUAUUCCUUACGGAUUAUCUAUUACUUUAAAGGAAAGCGGGGGUUGUGACAACAGCUGAUGUCACCGGGAAACAAACAGCUGUUCAGCUGUUUCCAAAGUCUGACCGGUUUGACUGAAGUGAUGCAACAUGGCAGCAACUCCUCUAAGUCGGUGUUUUCUGUCAGUGCUGAGGAGACACGCUCGGUGUCAGACCCGUGGAUUUAACGGAAACUCGAGCCUUGGCAGCGGACCGUCGGUGGGAUGGGACAGAAACAGAAACAGCGGUGGGGACAACAGUCGCUCUCCGGGGUUUACGACACUCUCUGUGGGUUUGGGACUGUGUGGUGCCGCGCUGCUCUACAGUCAAAGGGACAAACACUCAAAGGACAGAGACGCUUCUGUGUCUGUGCGGGUUUUAGAACUCAUUCUCCCAUCAGCUCUUUGUGCCUCUCCAUUCAAACCUGACAGCCCCCGGUAUAAAUACAACUUCAUUGCAGAUGUAGUCGAAAAGUCCACUCCAGCUGUCGUUUACAUUGAAAUCGUGGGCAGACACCCAUUUUCAGGACGAGAGGUCCCUGUGUCCAACGGCUCUGGGUUCAUCAUCAGCGGCUCUGGGUUCAUCAUCAGCAGCGAUGGUCUCAUCGUCACCAGCGCUCACGUUGUGGCCAACAAGAGAGGCGUGCGAGUGAAGCUCACAAACGGAGAUGCGUACAACGCCACCGUGCAGGAUGUUGAUCCUGUGGCAGACAUCGCCACCAUCAAAAUCACGCCGAGGAAUCCUUUACCCACGCUCACCCUCGGCAAGUCCUGUGACAUUCGACAAGGAGAGUUUGUGGUCGCCAUGGGUAGCCCUUUUGCUUUAAAGAAUACAAUAACCUCAGGGAUCGUGAGCUCAGUGCAGCGAGGCAGCAAGGAGCUGGGCCUGUCCAAUCCCAACAUGGACUACAUCCAGACCGAUGCAGCCAUUGAUUUUGGCAAUUCUGGAGGUCCCCUCAUUAACUUGGACGGUGAAGUCAUCGGUAUAAACACCAUGAAGGUCACUGCAGGAAUCUCCUUUGCCAUACCGUCAGAUCGCGUCAGACUUUUCCUUGAUAAUGCAGAGAAGAAAAAGACAUCGUGGUCCGGCGAGUCGCAGACGAAGCGGCGUUACAUUGGCGUGAUGAUGCUAACGCUUACACAGAGCAUCAUUGCAGAGUUGAAGUUGAGAGACCCGUCCUUUCCGGAUGUGACACACGGCAUCCUGAUUCACAAAGUGAUCAUGGGCUCACCGGCGAACAGAGCAGGCAUGCUGCCAGGAGAUAUCGUGUUGGAGAUCAACGGAGUGAAAGUGAACACCUCAGAGGAGAUCUACCAGACCGUCCGCAGUAGCGAUCAAAUCACCAUGGUGGUGCAACGAGGACAUGAGCUGCUGCAGCUCCAUAUGACUCCAGAGUACACAGAGUGACACUGAGCAUAUCGUUUCUGUGUCUGUUGAGUAAAAGGACAAAUGGACGUAUGACUAAUUCAUGG